AUGUCUAAUCUUAAAGAUGAAAGUGUUGAUAAAAACAUUGGAAUAAUAUCAAUGCAUGAUUUUUUACAUUUCUUGAAAAUAAGCUCACGAGUAAAUGAAUCACUUGAAAAGAAUACCAAACUCGAUGGUCAAUUUAGCUACGAUCAACUAUCAAAAAAUGAAUUCAUUAAUAAUCUUAUGAAAAAAUAUAAAAAUCAUUCCGACACAUCCGUGAUUACAAAAAAUGAUAAUCAGAAGGAGGAUGACAACAAAAAAAGAAAACGAUUGAGUAAACCUCUAAGUAAAAAUAUUUCACUUAAAUCAAAAGUCAACGAAAGUAUUGAUUCGACUCUUUUCCCAAACUUAAAUCCAUGUUUAAGCGAGAAGUUGGAUGAAGUUUUGAAUCAAGGAAUUCUAGACUCAUUUUUGCCACUUAUCUGUAAUCAACAACAAGCACAAUCAAAAGUAGCAGUAGCACCAUCAUCUCAACUUGCUGUUAUCCCUUCAGCAAAUCCCUCAACUAGCAGUAAUUUGAAUAAACCUAAACAUUUGAUUCAAAAUCAAAAAUCAUUCACAACGAUGGAUCCCAAAUUAAUGUCAUCGAGUGAAAAUGGAAUAAUUUUCAGUCAAAGAAGUUUUCGCAAAAAAUCUCCAAUUGUUGUUGAUCAAAUAAAAAUUUCAGAGCCGGAACUGACGAUUCAUGUAUGUGAUGAAGUGAAGAACGUUUCCAGAGAUUUCACCUGUCCACAGAAAUUGUUGGUAUCUAAAAUGGGAUAUUUUGCUGAUAUUACUAGUGGUCAAAAGCUAGAAGACAUGGACAUUUCUGUUCAUUGUGACUUAGAAAUAUUUGAUUGGCUCAUUAAAUGGGUGAAAAAAGAAAUGAUGGCAUCUCCAGAUAAUUGGCCAAAAUUGAGUGCUUCAAAUGUAGUCCCGAUUCUUGUCUCUGCUAGCUUUCUUCAAAUGGAACCGUUGCUGCUUGAUUGUCUAUCAUAUUGUCACGCACACUUGUCAGAUAUUGUUAAAGUUUCACCAAAUCUUGGUUGCUUGAACGACAAUAUCAUAUCACGAUUAGCUGCCAUGUUCACCAAUCUUGAACUUGAAAUGGUUAAAGAUAAAAAAGAUCGCAUUCAACCACGUUUAUUCUGUAAAAUGAUACAAAGCCUUUGUGAAGUAGAAGCUCAAUCAAUUCGUGGUCAUUUCGCAACACUUGCUGGUCUUUUUAGAUGCUUGAAAUGUGGAAAAUAUAUGACGCAAUCCGUAGCAAGUUACGUUCAUUGCAUCCCACAAAAUAUGAAGCUGAAUCGAUGGGGUCAAAUCAUUGCUUCACAUCAGCGUGAUCAAAAUUGGAGUCUAUCGAAUUAUAUCUCAAAUCUGUAUAAAGAUUUAAAAUCAUGGCGACGAGUGUAUUGGCGUUUGUGGGCAAAUUGCCAUUUUCUUUACUGUUCUAUUUGCGAUACACAUUUUCCUACAUCUCAAAUGCAAUGGUGCAUGUUUCAUCCUGAUCUUCCACAAUUUCUUGGAUCACCAUCAGAAGGUGGAAAGAUUGGUCGUUUUCCGUGUUGUGGACUUCAACUUGCAUAUCGUUAUGAGAACAUAACAGUUCCUUCUAGUGGCUGUCAGUUUCGUGAUCAUUGUGUCGUGGCUGAGAACGAUCGUGAUCGAGCAAUCUUAAUUUUGGUGACGCAGGUGUCAGAAAAUAAUAAUUCGAUGAUGUUUGAGCCACCACCAGUAUCGAAAUUGUCAACAUCUAACAGUUCUCAAGAACCAUGGUGGAAUGGAAUGUCGAUAUUGUCGAAUCGAACGAGACAAGGAAUAUUGCCAGCUCUACAUUUUGAAGGUGAUUUUCGAUACAACAAUCGCAAAUAUCGUCCACAUUCGGUUGCUGAUAGUUCAAGUGAUGAAACUGAAUCGAGUGAUUGUCUUUUACAAGGAUCAAGAUCAAAUUUAAGUAGCACAAGUAGCAGUGAUGGUGAAGAGUCUGAGUGUUCUCCAAGUCGACGAGUCGCUUCUGGUGGAAAACGAAGAGUUAAGACAGGAUUUCGUAGUUGGUCAAAGAAUUUGUCCGCAAGAAGCAAUCAAGAUAAUCAAAGAGAAUUUGAAGAAAAAGCGAUGAAACAAAUAAUUUCGUUAGUUUCAAAGAAAACAGGAAUAUCAGACCAGACUCAAAAUAAUUUAAACUACAAUCAGGGUGGAACGUAUUUUGCAUUAGAGAAUGAAUGGAAGGAGACAAUUAAACAAAGGAACUUGAAUGUUAAAGCUUCAAAAGCAAAAUAAAUAAGUUGAGGUAGGUUGAGGUUGGAGAACAUAUUUCAGUCUUUGGUGGU